AUGACCGAUCUGGAACUUGUCGAGGAACAAUUCUCAAUGUUCUACACAGCUAAGGCCAAUGAUAUGCAAGGACUAGUGUGUGCCAUAAUGGAGGAAGCUCUUUGUGGGUUCCAGUCUGAGCCCUUUUUCGUAGGACGACGAGUUAUCGUAGAAAAAUUGGAUUUGGAGACGUGGUCGGCUGAGUUUCAAGUGUUUGGAGAGUGUUUCGACUUGGAAAAGCAUACUCAACUCACCGACGUGAAAGCUAUUACCUAUUCAAAUAUGCAAAUUCAUCAAAAGGAUGAUCGAUGUGAUAUUUAUAAGAAAGUACUCAAGCGGAAGUUGGACAAGAUGAAGGCCAGCCAGGGCCGUGACAUUCUGGCAUCAGCCAAGACAGGCUCUGGAAAAACCUUGGCUUUCCUGAUACCAGCCAUCGAAUUAUUAUUGAAGCUCGAUUGGAAACAGUACAACGGUACUGGAGUUAUAAUUAUAUCGCCUACUCGUGAAUUGUCCAUGCAAACCUAUGGGGUGCUCACAGAGUUGCUGGAGGGAACAAAUCUUAGUCAUGGUUUGGUGAUGGGAGGAUCGAAUAGAAGUGCUGAGCAGGAAAAACUGGCAAAGAUUCUCCGCUAUUUGCCGAAGAAACGUCAGACCAUGCUUUUCUCAGCCACUCACACUCCUAAGGUUGAUGAACUCGUAAAACUGUCGCUUCAUUCGAAUCCAGUUAAGCUGUCUGUGGCAGAAAAAAGUGAAGCUGCAACUGUGGAAGGGCUGCAGCAGGGGUAUGUUGUGUGUCCAUCUGAGAAGCGAUUUUUAAUGUUGUUCACCUUCUUGAAGAAAAACAAAAAUAAGAAGGUAAUGGUGUUCUUUUCUUCCUGUAAUUCGGUGAAGUACCAUCAUGAACUGUUGAAUUAUAUUGACAUUCCUUGUAUGUCUAUCCAUGGCAAGCAAAAACAAGCAAAGCGAACGUCAACAUUUUUCCAGUUUUGCCAAGCGGAAACUGGAAUAUUGUUAUGUACUGAUGUUGCCGCCAGUACGACCCACCAGAUGAACCACGAGAGUAUAUUCACCGAGUGGGACGAACAGCACGAGGGAAGGAUGGGCGGGGUAAUGCCUUGCUGGUGCUUCGACCGGAAGAACUAG